AUGGCCUUCACAAAUGUUUUAGAUCGGAACCACAUAAUACGGGAGGAUCAAGGUUCAUUAGUGCUGGACGGUCGUAAUACACCACAAAACAUAUCAAUUUACAGCUUUCUUCUUGGUACCGUUUUUUCUGCUUCCGUUUUUGUUGGCUGGUACUCAAAAACGUUUUCUCAACUCGGAAUUUUCUUGGCCGCCUUAUCUCUAUUUCAUGAGUUGGAAUAUCUCUUUACGGCUUUGUUCAAUGCAGAUAUAUUAUCGUUGGAUUCUUUUUUAAUUAAUAACGGUCAACAAUAUCAUCUUGCGCACACUGCUGCUAUAAUAGAAUUUUUAAUAGAAGCCUAUCUGUUUCCUAAUUCCAAAAACAUAAAGCUAUUUUAUUUCAUAGGUUUUAUAGUUGUAGUAGUAGGCCAAAUUGCAAGAAGCUGUGCGAUGUGGCAUGCCAAACAUAAUUUCACUCAUAUGAUUCAAUAUCAUAAACGAAAAGAACAUGUUCUUGUGACUACGGGAAUUUAUGCAUAUUUAAGACAUCCUUCAUACUUUGGAUUCUACUAUUGGGCAGCUGGUACCCAAAUCUUACUUUGUAAUCCAAUUUGUCUUAUAGGAUUUCUUGUCGCAAUGCAUAGAUUCUUUAGUGACCGUAUUCGCGAAGAAGAACUUUUGCUUAUCAAGUUUUUUGGAAACGAGUACCUUGAUUACCAAAAAAAAGCUUAUACUUGGAUUCCUUUAAUUAAAUAA